AUGAGAAAAGAGAACUUUGACUCUAUACAUCACCAUGUAAGAGUUUCACAAAAUAACUUUCUGAAAAACACUUUGGAAAUGGAGAUAAUCUGUGCGGUUUGCCUGGACAUUUACUCGGAUCCUGUUUAUCUCUCCUGCGGGCACAUAUUUUGUAUUGAGUGCAGUAAAAAGUGGAUGGCAAGAAAAGAAGACUCGAUAAUGACCUGUCCCAUGUGUCGAAAAGAACAGAAGAGACCUAUCAAGUAUGACGGGGUAAUGAGAGAGUUGGUCAUCCUUUUAAAGCAGCAUGGCCCCUUACUGAAGCAACAUGAAGGGCAGAUCACUAGACUUCUGGGAUUGGUCUCAGAGGAUACAGCUCCAGCAGCUAAGACUGGUGACUCCUCCCUGGAACUCUCUAAUGAUUUACGGAGUGUCUGCAAUGGGAAGCCUGGCCAUAAUUUGGUGGAAGACCCCAGAAGAUUCACUCCUUCAGCAUGUGUCAUGGACAGCUCCCAAUCUUUUUCAGUCUGCCCCUGGGACGUUGAUGUGGAGAUGGAGAAGGAACAGGCUCCAGGUAUUUGCAAGGAGACUGGAGGAGGAACAUCUAUUUUCUCAGUGAACACAACUCCCAAUUUGUUGCUUGGUGAGAACACAAGAGGAAUUAAUUUUAUCUCAGAAAGACACCAUAGAAGCCCUGGCCCUUGCCAGGAAGGGAUUUCUUCCCUAGCCCCUACUAUGGAAGAAACCAAGUCUGAGAUGGAGGAAGCAAUGACUUCACCGAUGAGCACCAUUCUCUCUGCUCCUUGGAGCUCAUUCUGUUGUUCUAAGAGGCCAGUGGAAGGGAAAAGUGAAUAUCUGACUUUGGGUAGUUCAUUAAUUACUAGUUUUCAGAAGGCCUCAUUACCAGAGGAAGAUUGGAGGACCAAGGAUUUGGUAGACUUGAAAGUGAGUGAGUAA